AUCGAGACCCGGAUGUUUCUGUUUUUGCAUGCGAAUCUCCAAAUUUGGCACAGAAGGCGGAAGUGAGAUAAUAAGAGAAAGUUUCACAAACAGUCCCGGCUGAGGUUGAACAGAGAGAGAAGGGAAGGCAGACAGACCGGAUUAAAUAUCAUCUCGAUUUGCUGAGCAUCACCAUGGCAGGCUUAAGAAAACCAAAGAAAUACAACUGGAAGGACUCCAACAUGGCACUGUUCGGCUCAGACACCGAGAAGGAAGUCAAAAAAUCCGCUGCCCAGACGGAGAAAGCGUGGGAUGGUGCUGGACAGGAACCCGGUAUACAGAUAUGGAGGAUCGUGAAAUUUAAAGUGACCCACUGGCCUAAGGAACAAUACGGAGAGUUCUACAAUGGCGACUCCUACAUCGUCCUCAAGACGACUGACGAUCCCGGAAGUGGAGAAUUGGCUCUACACGUGCAUUUUUGGAUCGGGAAAAACAGUAGCCAGGAUGAGUACGGGACUGCGGCCUACAAGACAGUGGAGCUAGACACCUUGCUGGAUGAUAGGGCCAUACAACACAGGGAGGUUCAAGGUCACGAAUCUAGUCUCUUCAAAUCCUACUUCGAUACUAUUACCAUAUUGGAAGGUGGAGCUGAUACUGGUUUCCGUCACGUGAAACCAGAAGAGUACAAGCCAAGGUUGCUCCAUUUUAGUGGUGCCAGAAGGAACAUCGAGGUUGUGGAGAUCCCGCUUUCCAGGAACUCUAUCAACAGCGGCGACGUCUACAUCCUCGACCUUGGAAGGGACAUCUACCAAUGGAACGGGAAGGAUUCCAGUAAAGAUGAGCGUUUCCAGGCGAUGAGCUUCCUCUCCAAUCUUAAGAUAGAACGAAAAGCCACGUCCGAGGUACUGGAGGAAGAAAUGUUGUACCCCGAGCACAAGUUCUAUGCCUCUCUGACAGAGGAAGUUGAACCCGAAGACGACAGCGAUGAUGAGGAAGGCGAGGACAGCGGCGACGAAAAGCGACUCUUUCAGGUUUCAGAUUCCUCCGGAAAAAUAGCCAUGAAACAAUUGAAAACCGGAGACGUGUCGUGGGACGACUUUCAAGAUCAGGAUGUGUUUUUGUACCACCACGGAAGCCUAGGGGUAUUUGUAUGGGUUGGAAAGGGCGCUUCAACAACAGAGAAGAAAAACGGCAUGCCAUAUGCUCACAACUUUUUGCAGAAGCAAAAGAAGUGCUACUUGCCUAUUACAGUGGUUCGCCAGGGACAGGAUUCUGCCGAUUUCCAACUUGCCAUGACUGCUUAAGGAUGUUAAAGACACAAACCAACACUAUGCGUUGGCGUUCAUUGAGACGAUAUGUCGUCACUUAGAUAGCUUACAGGCUUAUAUUCAUAUUGUGCUUCCGUCAAUUUUAGAUAAUAGCCCCGAACAUUAUUUUAUAACCGACUGAUUCGUGCUAAUGCUGGUAUCGUGAUGCAAUAUUGGUCACGUGAUCCCAGCCCUGUACAUGCAUGUUACAAUUCAUGAUGUCGGUGACAUCACUGUGGUGUUACGAUGUAUAUUAUAAUUAUUGCACGUAUUUUAUUUAUUUAAACUUGUUUAAUUGCUCUGUAUUCGGAAACUUUUAAAGUUACUAAUGCUUAUCUUAAUGGACGUCUGACGUGGUGAUAGGUUUCACAGAGCGGAAUUCACACCACGUGAUCUCGUUACAUAACUAACAUGUCUUCCUAUUUCUGCUGACCAACCCAAUUGUAUUUGUAUAAGUGUGUUGACGAAUGAAUUACCUAUGGACGUUCAAGCUUGAAGUUACUACCAUUGUAAAAGUUUCACAUUCCAAGGCAAGUUAUAUAAGAGAAUUCUACCAAUAAAUCAUACCAUAUUUGUGAAAUACAAUUUUACACCAGUACACCCAUUUCAUUAAUUGAGAAAAUGAAUAAUACGAAAAUUAGAUUGAUCUUUAUUUUGAAACAAGUAAAACAAGAUAAUACGCCCGACAGUGUUUGCUGGUUUUGAAUCCCCUGUAAUAUGGAAAACAAAUCUCAAGGUUAGUUUAUUCCACAAUCGCUUGUUAAUACAUGAAAUCCAGUAUGUGUCAGUUAGCAGUACAGUACACAGAUUUGGGACCCUACUUCUUAUUUCUUUUUAUUUUGAUUUUGUAUAUUAAAUCACUUGUUACUGUUAUUAUCGUUUUAUCUAUCUAUGUCAAUUAUUAAAAACCAAUCUUAUAUUGUGAA